UAAAAAUAAUUUUAAAAAAAAAUGGCAUUUCGUAAAUUAAUCGAGGGUGAUUGUGGCCAAGAUAAUGCUCUGCAACAAAUUGCGGGACAUUUUACACAAGACUUAGCAAAAACAGAGAAAUUACCAAAUUUUGGUCAAGUACCAUUAGAAUUUCAAACUCAUCCAAAUGCUGAUCAAUUGGUACAGGAAUUUAUGCAAGAGACAAUGGUUGUCCCGCAAACAUUUCGUAUGGAUAACUUGUUAGAGGAGAUGCGGGAAAUCGAGAAUCAACAUCAUCAUAUGAUGGGACCAAUUUUAGGACCUAGUGUUAAAGAAACAUUACAUUUAGAGGAAGUUGGACAAAAAGAGCCUACGGAUCAUUUAUGGGCGGAUGAAUAUAUUAAUAAUGGAUCCACAUUUAAUGAAUCAAUUGCAAAUAAUGAACAAGUUUGGUCAAAUAUACAACAAGGUGAUGGAAAAACAAAUGAAAAUUUUGAAUUAGGAUUUGGACCACAAUGGGCCGAACAAUAUUUAUCACAGCAACCGACAGUAAGUGGGGGUGAGGUUGUCAAUGUUAGUGAACAAGAUGAAUUAAAAACUGAUGAUUUGGCAGCAACAGCUGGGGCCGUUGCCAAAACCUUAGAAGGUGAUCCGGAUAUGCAAUAUUCGAAGUUUGUAAAGUUUAUGCAACUUUUGGAAAAUCAAGAAGUAUUAAUUGAAAAUGGUAAGGUUUUGGAGCGUGGGGGCUUAGAAGAUCAAUGGGUAGAAGAGUUUACAACUUCUACAUCCAAUACCGGUGAAACAGCAGAAAGCACCGCACAAUUUUGGAAAACCUUGGAAGAUAAUUGGAAACGAUUAUCAGAAGAUGAACACGACUGGCUAUCAUUUAAUGAACAAUCACAGGACUACAAAUUUUCCACAACAAAUCCAAUGAGUGAAAUUGAAAAUCCGAUUGAAAUGGGUAAAGUGAGAUUAUCAAACUAUGAUAUACCGUCUGCAGUGUUAUGUUUUGAAGCUGCAUGUCAAAAAACACCAGAGAAUGCUGAAGCAUGGCUACUGUUGGGUAUGGCACAAGCUGAAAAUGAACAAGACCCGUUAGCGAUACAAGCAUUAGAACAAUGCUUACGUUUAGAUCCAACAAAUUUGAAAGCAUUACAAGCGUUAGCAAUUAGUCAAACAAAUGAAAAUUACCAAAGUCAAGCAUGCAAUACAUUAAUACGUUGGAUUAAAAACCAUCCAAAAUAUUCACAUUUGGUCACAUUCGAUGUGGAAAAUCCGAUAAAAAAUAAUAUUACAAGUUUUAUGUCAGAAAGCCAAUUUCAAGCAGCUGAAGAUUUAUUAAUUAAAGCUGUAAACAUGGAUCGGUCAACAAUUGAUGAAGAGGUUCAAACAUGUUUAGGAGUUUUAUUUUGCUUAUCUAGUGAAUAUAAUAAAGCUGUUGAUUGCUUUAAUACAGCUUUACAAGUAAAGCCUAAUGAUCCGCGCUUAUGGAAUCGUGUUGGUGCUGCUUUAGCAAAUAAUAGUCAGUCAGAAGAAGCAGUUACAGCAUAUCGACAUGCUCUAGAAUUGAAUCCUGGUUUUAUUCGAGCCAGAUAUAAUUUGGGCAUUGCAUGUAUUAAUUUAAAAGCUUAUCGGGAAGCAGCUGAACAUUUUAUCGAAGCAUUAAAUCAACAAGCAAAAAUUCAAGAACGAUUAAUAUUAGGUGAUAAUAUACCAAAAGACGUACAUCGAAUAAUGUCCGACGCAAUAUGGAUGACUUUUCGAACGUGUUGUAAUUUAAUGGGACGACAAGAUUUAAAACAUCUAUUAGAUAAUAGAGAUUUGAACGGUUUGAAUCAGGCAUUAGGAUUUACAAAUGAAUAAAUCUUUAUUUAGGAACUAAUCAAAAAUAUUUGAAAAAACAAACAGAUUAUCAAUAAUGGGUUGUUGUGUGUUUUACAAAAAAUUGAGCGGGACAAAAAAAUUAAUUUUGUGGGUUGUUGAAAGGGUGACGGGGAUAUUGAUUCUGUGAAAUGAAACAUGUUUCGAUAACGAGACUUUUUGUUUCUCCUGUAAAUUAUUUAUUGUAUAUACAUAUGUGUAAAUUAUAUUAUAUAAACGGAGGUCUAACGAUCGAAAUUUUCUGCCCAAAAUAAUGUAGAAAAAUUGUAUGUAUUUAUUGGGUGCAAAACAAAACACAAUUUUGGCUCUGGUUAAAAGUUAAUACGUUUGUUUCUUUUAAUAACUUUAUUAAAGGAAUUUUUUUUCUUUUUCAACAACCUCAAGCGUAAAUAUUUGCAAAAUUAUUCGGCCAAGUCCACAUGACUGGCAAAAGUUAAUUCGUAAACGAUAUACUGGCUGUGAUUUGUAAGAAUGCUUACGAUUUUAUCUCAAAUACGACAGCAUGAGAUUUUGCAUCUGUUUUGUGACGAAAACUGUUGUUGGGUGGACAUCAAAAGUCAAAACGCUCUUGUAUUUUUUCAAUUUUUAAUUUUAAAGGACCCUGUUACGUCUAAAUUGAGAUUUCACUGAAAUUUUCUGAUACAAUGGAUUCUGAUAGUUUUUUAUUAUUAGAUCAAAACUUUCUACAGGCUCAAAGUCUUUUUUUUGGAAUCAGUCCGCGAUUUAACUCAAAGAGAGAAUUUUACCCAGGACGAUACCCUGCGGUAUACCAGAUUGAAUAGGAAAUAGUACUAUAUGGUAUUGAGAGCGUAUAUCUGUUGUAUUAUUCACCUGAUAAUUAAAUUAUUAUAUUUUUCAAGAAAUCUCCAAAUAUACUUGUUAGGUUAGGUCAGGUUAGGUUAGAGUGGUUGUCCUGGGGUGGGACACACUUAGGCCAUAGGAGGGUCCGUUUUGAUAUCGAAAAAGGGUUGGCCCAUUCCUGGCCACUACUCCUGAACCAUUUGUAGCUGUUUAGGAACAGUAGGAAUGCUUUGACGUCAGCGGACUUCAGGUCGAUAAGAUUGUCAAAGAAAAGCUGGCUCAAGUGAGUCCACUUUCUCGUGUCAAGAGCUGGACAGUGACAGAGAGGAUGAGAUAUCGUUUCUUCUUCCUCCUCACUGUAACAGCUUCAGCAGUAGUCAUGAUACGCUCUCAGACCCAGGCGUUCAGCGUGCCUGCCACCUAGCCAGUAUCCUGUAGUAGCCGCAACAAUUUUGCUAAUAGAGGCCCUUGGAAGUUAUAUAAAGAUCUUCAGAACGGCUACGGCUGUACUCAGAUCAUUUCUGUCUUGUCUUGUAGUGUAGAAGCACGUUCCUCCCUCUAUCUAAGAUUGGCCUUUUGUAAGGUAUUCUCUUUAAGGAGUAACUUGAAGUUCGAAAAUAGAACUCGCAGAUGUCUAUUGAUGCUUUUGUCCGGCAGCAUUGUGCCAUUUCUAGCAAGCUCGCCGGCUUCACAAUUUUCUGGAAUGUCCCUGUGUCCAGGUACCCAUACCAGAUUUACCUUUGGGGUUGGAUAGACUGAGCUGAAGGAUUUUAGCGGUACUUGGCUGUCGGUGAAGAUAGCAAUGCCACUACACAUAAGAGUGUUCAGUCUUAUACAUUCACGCUACAGUGAUCCGACAACCACUAUUUUACCUCUGUAAAAUACCUCUUACAAUAACGUGAAUGAAAACAAGUGUCGUUACUCACUUUUGUUGACAAGAAAGUUUUAUCCAUACAAUUUUUGGAGGUAAUUGGAUCAGAAAAUUAUACCAUAUCUACGCUCUUAAAAGCGUGUAUUAUUACCUAAGUUUGAACUUUGACGCUUUUCUCAAAAACACAUAAUUUGAAAAACUUUUAAAAUCUGGAUAAGGUAGGGAAUUUUGAGAUUCUGGAAAUGUCAGGAAAUUUUGGUGAAGUUCUGUAUGAAAGUUCAAAAACAGCCUGAGUUUUACCAUAACCGUGGAAUAACUAGAAAAAAGUAAAGGGAUUUCAUGAAAUCAAUUCGAUCAUCACCUUGUUGAUAUUAACGAAUCAGUCAUUAUUUCACAAUACGUAAGUUUUAAAACACCUUGUAAAAACAGAGCAGAGUUGCUUUUUGAUUAUUAUUUUUUCACUAAAAAAAAAAAGCUCACCAAAUACAAGCGUUAUCUGACCCUUAAAUCCAUACUUGUUACGACGUUAGACUUCCUGGACAACUUUUUUUUUAUAAUUCUGUUUUAUGUUUAACAAAAAAAAAAAUGUAAAUUAUAAUCCGCCAUAUUAAAUGUUUUAACAGAAAUUUUCGUCCAUAUCGACUUCGAAAAGUUUAUAUAAAAAUUCGUCUUCGCAAUAAAAAUAUAUUAAUAAUUAAUGUAAAAGUUUUCGAAGAAAUCUAUUCGAGUCGAUACUGAAGAAUAUUCACAGCAGAUUGACGUUUUUCUCUAUUUAAAGUGGUUUUAUACCAAGACUAUCCUUUUCAGUGGCGUAACUGGGGACAGUGACACCAAGGACAAGAUUCCGAUAUUAUUGCAUCAUUUAAAGGUUGAAUAUACUUGAAAAUGUUCAUUAUUUCUUAUUUUCUUUUUUCGAAGCGUAACAUUAUAGUGUGCAUUUACAGUUUGGAAUCCCUGACCAUCAAAAGGUAACUGAAUUGCCACAGAUUAAUCAGUUUUUAUUGCUAUCAUGUUCCAAUUUUUUUCACUACACUCUUUUAUUUUUUUUGCGUCAACGCAAUCAAACUGUGAGAAAGUGUUUGGGUUUCAACGCUAGGUGGCAGAAAGUAGAACUAAAUUUAAAUGACUGGGCUAGGCAAGUAGUUAAACGUUAUCGAUCUAAGUCAAUUGCCUAGCUAUUUGAUUGAAUGGCUGAAUAUAGUUCAAAUUUAUUAAGAUUAAAAAAUGCAUUUUAAUUUAAAAUAAAAAGAAAUUAUAAAUCAAAGUUUUUAUGUCUCAAAAAUAUUAUUUUUCCAUUGAUAAUAUUAUGGCGGCCAUUGACCGGAAAAAUCUUUAGCUACGUCAAUGAGUGUAUCAAACUAGCUUGUCAUUAACUGACAUCUAACAAAGCGAAAUCCUCGUCGAUAUGAUUUUAUAAUCUAAAAAAAAAAAAAUUAUUCGAAUAUACAAAGUGUUUCAAAAAAAUGUAUACAUACUUCUAAUGCCUGUAAUGUCUAUAAUUAUUAUGAUACAGAAAAAUUUUUAAAUUUUAAAUACUGUGAACUAAUGUAGGAACCCAGGGUCCUAUCGAAAAUGUUCAGAUUAUUGAUCAUUGUCUAGGAGGUGGCGAUCGAUUAGAGAAACCGGUAAAUGUCAGGGAAUUUUAGUAUCAUUCUGGAACAAUUUUAAUCACAAAAUCUCGCCACCUUUUUAUAGUACAGACAUAGUUGAUAACGUUGAUCGAUGGAAUUCAAAAUUUUCCGAGUCGUUGCUAUUGGUAUUUGGGCAUAUUUAUUUUCAAUAACUGCUUUCAACUCAGUGGUUGUAGCUAGUUUUGUGCUUCACAUUCGUCAGUAUAAUGGUUCUUUCAAAUCAACGACAGUUCCUUCAAAUCAAUGGUUGCUUUCAAAUCAGCGGUUGUAGCUAGUUUUGUGCUUCUCAUUCCCCAACAAAGUAGCUUGCCGUGUAGAUUUUCUAAGAGAUUGCUGAGACUUUUCUCUGACUUCUCUUUCUCUUAUAGGGCCGUUGCAUAAUCACGGUCUUCCGAAUAGUUGUUUACGAUAGUUCCUUCAAAUCAGUGGUUGUAGCUAAUUUUGUGCUUCACAUUCUCUCUUUCUUUUAUGGGGCCGUUGGAAAAUCACGGUCUUCCGAAUGAUUCUUUACGAUAUUUCUUGUUUUAUUUUAUCUCGCAAACAAAUAAUUAUGUGUCGCGUUGAUCCGUCUCGUUGAAAUUUCAUCGUUGUAUACAUUUUAUUUGGGACACUUUGUAAAAGUUUCGAAAAAAUUUACGCAUUUCUUGGU